UAGUGGGGAUGGGCAUUGAAUCGGAAAAGAAUAAAUCCUCACCAGAAUUCACGGAUAUCUUGUCCCAUCCCGCCCUCCCCGCACCGGCCAAGCAACAGUUCUUUCGUUCCUCACCACCGGCUCUUCGUCCCCAGCGAAUGUCUUCGGCAUCAGAAAUUAACCUACCAACAGUCAGUGCACCCUCAGGCCCCAAUCCGUCUCAUAUUCACCCUCCCCUUACGCGUGCCGCAUCACUUUCCAAUCAAAGUGGUACUCAAUCUCUCGAUCAACCCAACCCACCUCUGCCACGCUCACCCACCACCCUUUGGAUGGGUGAUCUUGAAUCAUGGAUGGAUGAAGACUACGUCCGAAAAUGUCUAGUCAUGAUGGGGUGGCAUCUGCCACAUUUCGUUCCAACCUCUUCCGCCGGUUCCAAGGCGGAUAUCGGACCUAAUGGCGUGAAUGUCAAGAUCAAAAUGAUCAGUGGGGCCAGCCCGAGUUCAGCUUAUUGCUUUCUUACCUACCCGACCGCCGAGAUGGCCCAGCAUGCUUGGCGAAUGAUUAGCAACUUGCCACCAACCCUCAUGCCUGGUUGCGAGAGGACUUUCAAGCUCAACUGGGCAACUGGUUUACCGGGAGUUCAGCCAACCUGGGAUCGCGAGUUCUCAGUUUUCAUUCGAGACCUUGAUCGUGAGGUAACUGAAGGAGAAUUAGUGGCUCUUUUUACCUGCAGCUUCCCAUCGACCAAGUCUGCGAAAAUCAUGGGUGACCUCUCCACUGGACUUUCUCGUGGGUAUGCCUUCAUUCGCUUCGGUGAGGAAAGUGACAUGCACCGCGCCCUCGCGCUUGGUCGUUCGAAAAAUGGGACCGGCCUCUUCCUACGAGGUCGUUGUAUUAAGAUCACGGAGGCGAGCGGCUCCAGUGGCACCGCUGGGGAUCAUUCCCAACAUCGCACAUCCAUAUCUGCGAUUAAUGGCCAGAGAGCACGACCAGAACUGCCUUCCAGUGUUUCUUUUGGAAAUCAUCCCCAUGAACAGGGCGAGACACGAAACAAAGCCUUGCUAAACUCGCGCAUGGUGGCAAACUCGAUGGCCAAUGACCCACCCAAAUCAAUCUUGCGAAUCCAUCGUGAUAGUCUUACUCAGGACGUUGGUGGUCUGUCGUCAUCCCUUUCUACCCUGCGCCUCUCAUCCAGCUACCCUCCGCUCACCAAUAAUGCCGCUCAAUCACGCCUUAUGACCAACUCCUACGCACCAGAUCACUCUAAUGCGAAUUUGCGAAUCAAUCACGAUGGGAUGUCACAGGCUACGAACCGGCUAUCGUCUUCUAUGUCGGCAUUGCGGCUUUCGCCCGGUUACCCACCACUUUCCGCGGCGUCCACCGGCUCACAGACCCAUUCACUGCCGCUACCCGCCCCUUCUUUCCCACGUACUAUUUCGGCAUGCGCACCUCUCAUAGAUCGAAAUCAAUCAGUCCCUGCUUUACCAAAUCAUUAUCCUGCUUCACUGUCGCGCUCUGUCUGCUCGUUGGCUCCUCAAGGUUUACUUGCAAAUUGCCAAUCCCAAUACACCACUGCCCCCGGUGUUGCCCCCCUCCCGGGUCAUCCAAUGCUGAGCUCAUCUGCAAUGCCAGUGGCCAGGGCUGCUGCUGCUGCUCAGCCCAACCACCUCAUCUCCAAUACCCACUCACCCGCGUUGUUCCCAGCACUCAGCUCCUCACUCACGCAUCCGAACUCGUUGCCUAGCGGCUACAUGUCCUCCACAGGUAUAUUUCCUUCUCCCAAUGGGGUUACCGCAGCGAAUUUGACUCAGCAACAUCAGCAACUGCAUUCGGCAUAUGACCUCCCGCCGAUAGAUCCGGCGUCAUCUCCCAAUUCAAUCACUUCUCAUCUUGCAGCCCUCUCUCAGAUCGCCUCUGUCGCACAUGAUGCGAGCAACGAUCCCUCUAACACCACUGUCUUUGUCGGUGGUCUUCCUGCCUGCAUUAGCGAAGGAACAUUGAAAACGUUCUUCCAAAAUUUUGGCGAAAUCACUUAUGUCAAGAUUCCACCCAAUAAAGGCUGUGGGUUUGUCCAGUACGUCAGACGUGAAGAUGCCCAACAGGCCAUGCUCAAAAUGCACGAUUUUCCUAUUCACGGAAAGUCUCGUAUCCGGCUGAGCUGGGGACGAUCUCUGGGAGAUAAGCAGGUUGAAUAUGUCAAAAAAUUAUCAUCGGCUCUUGGCAUAUCAUUCGAAUCUGUCUGGAAGAUCGUUCAAGGGCAGGAUCCUUCGAUGAUCAAACAAAUUGCAUCGACACUUGGUGGAGCAAGUGGGGCUCCACCACCACCGAUCGCUGCGCCGGUGCGACCCAGUCUACCAGUAAGGAGAGAAUCCGACCAACCACAUUCAAGCGUUUCAUAUGCCGGUUUGAUGCCCGGUCUACCAACUCAUUCGAGUUACACCCAAGGCCUAUCCAGCGGCCAAUCCACCCCGACCUCACAUGGUCCCAUCUCUUCCCCUCUACCAUCGUCCGGGCUUCAGAACUCAUGGCGAGGGCGACAACCCGGUCUAUCAUUUGAUAGGUCUCUCAACUCGAUCGGCAACCUGGAUUUCCCAACCACUCUUCCGAGUCGUCGAGCUACCAUCCAACCCGUCACACCCGCCUACUUGUCCUUCGAAAAUAUCCCCUCUGGCCAAGCUAAUGCCUUGAGACCGUUUGACAAUCGUUGGGGCUUUCCCAUAUAAAACACGCGGUGCUGAUUUCCUGCACCCCGCAAACCUACAACUACAUGCACCAUCUUCAUUCAAGUAAUCUGUAUACCUUCUCAAUACCGUCGCACAUUUUUUUUCUACUACAGUCUCACUUCAUUUUAGCAUUGUUCCUCUAUGUUCUAUCUAUCACCUCUACAUUAUUGUACUACAUCCUUCCCCCAACUUACCCAAGUUCUACAUGAGGCCCAUCCCCUCCCGGACAUAGAAAACAAAACAAAAACUUCAUCCUUCUGGUAUUCCCAUCACAAAUCAUCAUGAAUAUAGUAGCACUUAUACGUUUCAUCAUCCUUGUUCUUACCUCAAACUGUUCCGUCCUCUUUAGCACUUUCUAGCAACUUUACCAGCAAAAUAAACCCAAAAAAAUCCCAUCUUUAGUUAGUCACUCCAGUAGUCUGGCCCUGUUGAUCUGUAGUACGCGUUCCCGGUGUGCAAUUGCGAACCAAUUUACUUCAUCUUUCAUUUGCUGUGUGUUUGUUUCUUUAUCUUUCCCUUUUCCUGCUUCUCUUCCACUCUUAAUACUUUCUUGUUCUGAUUGACUUAUCCAACCAAUUCUCAAGCUCCAUCCAUCCUUUCUCCCCUCACCUCUAGAAAAAAAAAGAAAAAAGAAGAAAUUCUCUUCAGUUAGUGCAUCAUAUGCAAUGUGGCCUUGUUUAUC